GUUCGAACGGCGCGCUGCGUGCGAUUAUCUCCGGUAAUCAUCCUCGUCGUCAACCUGGAGGCCUGCCGGCCGCGGACAAUGCCCUGCUGAGAAAGAAACCGGCGUCAGGAUGCUGCGGCCUGCCACCGCGGUUCUCUUCACCCUGGUGAUUGCUACAUCCGUGUCGCAACUCACUCAGGAGCCAAGAAAUACCGAACGGGGCGAUGAAGUGAUUCUGAGUAUUAGUGACAAACAGAAAACUCAGUAUUUGAGUCAAAACGUUAAAGCAGAUGCAUACAAAUACGGUUAUGAUGUAAGUCCGGAUGGUCAAUUCCAUCAUGAAGUACGUGGUCCGGAUGGAGUUACUUAUGGAUGUUACGGCUACGUUGACCCUUUUGGUCAUCUAAAGGCCACAUUUUAUCUCAGCGACGGAUGGGGUUACCGCGUUAUUCAACCUGGAAAGGACGUAGAACUGUUUCUUCACAAGCACGAGCAUCACCAACCAGGGGAUGAUCAUGAUCACCACAAACAUCAAGGUGUAAUUACACCAUGGCAGCAGCUCUAUUUUCCAGCUGUGUGCGGACAAUAUGUAGAUACGAGCGGUCGGCCUCUACCGAUAGGUAUAGGAAUACCUAUUGGGAGUGGAACAACGAUUGAUGCAACACCGGUGAAACCACAACAAUCUUACAGACCUGAUUUAAUUGGUAUCCCUGCGGUGUCAUCAUAUCCAGGACAACCAGGGAUUCCAAGUAUAUCAAUAUCUCCUGGUAUUCCUGCAUUAUCAGGAAUUCCCGGAAGACCAGGAACUCCAGGAACGCCAGGAACUCCUGGGAGGCCAGGAACGCCAGGAACUCCCGGGAGGCCAGGAGCACCAGGGGUUCCCGGGAGACCAGGAACACCCGGAACUCCAGGAACAUCAGGAAUUCCAGGAAAGCCAGGAACAUCAAGUGUUGCAGAUUAUCCUGGAAUCGUAGAGAGACCAGGAUCAAGUUCUCCGAGUUUCCCCGGAAUAAUAGAGUAUCCAUCUUCUUAUCCUGAAAUACCAGGAAGUCCUGGCAAACCCAUAAUACCGGGUUCAGCGAGUUCAAUACCUUCAAUUCCGAGUAUAUCAUCUCAUCCAGAAACACCAAUUAAGCCAGGAACUCCCACUAUUCCGGGAAUAUCAGUAAAACCUGGAACAUCGGUUUACCCAGGACACCCAGGAAUACCAGGUACAUCAGGAAUUCCUAGUGCUCCUGGAACAUCGGAUAUACCAGGAAUCCCAAGUAGACCAGGAACUCCCAUUAUUCCAGGAAUACCAGCAAAACCUGGAACAUCGACUUACCCAGAACAUCCAGGAAUACCGGGUACGCUAGGUACUCCUGGUACAUCAGGAAGACCAGGAACACCAACUUAUCCUGGACUUCCUGGAACAUCAGGAAAACCAGGGACGCCUAUUUAUCCUGGACAUCCAGGAAUACCUGAUUAUCCAAGUUUUCCCGAAGUACCUUCUCAUCCAGGGCAUUUUGAAACACCGGGAUCUCCCGGCAUUCCAGGAACACCGGGUACUCCCGGAACUUCUGGAAGGCCAGGAACACCGACGAUAACAGUUACACCUGAUAUAUCUGGAAAACCGGGCACACCAGGAAGUCCCGGAACUUCAAGUGUACCAGCAAUACCAUCUUACCCAGGAUAUCCUGCAAUACCAGGAUCUCCUGGCAUACCCGGAAGACCGGGUACACCAGGAAUAUCUGGCAUACCCGGAAGACCGGGUACACCAGGAACAUCUGGCAUACCUGGAAGACCGGGUACACCAGGAACAUCUGGCAUACCUGGAAGACCGGGUACACCAGGAAUAUCUGGCAUACCCGGAAGACCGGGUACACCAGAAACUCCGAGUAUAUCAAUAAUACCAUCUUACCCAGGUCAUCCUGCAAUAUCAGGAUCUUCUGACUUUCCUGGAAUACCUGCUAACCCAGGAUCUCCUGGUACUUCCGGAAGACCGGGUAUACCAGGAAGUCCCGGAACUCCAAGUAUACCAGCAAUACCAUCUUACCCAGGAUACCCUGCAAUACCAGGAUCCCCUGGUUUUCCCGGAACACCAAGUACUCCAGGAUUCCCUGGCUUUCCCGGAACACCAGGUACUCCAGGAACGCCCGGCUUUCCCGGAACACCGGGUACUCCAGGAUCUCCUGGCUUUCCCGGAACGCCAGGUAAUCCAGGAUCUCCCAACAUUCCCGCAAUACCAGGUACUCCAGGAACACCUGGCAUACCUGGAAGACCAGGUAUACCAGGAAGUCCUGGAACUCCAAGUAUAUCAGUGAUACCAUCUUAUCCAGCACAUCCUGUAAUACCAGGAUCCCCUGGCUUUCCCGGAACAGUAGGUACUCCAGGAUCCCCUGGUUUUCCUGGAACACCAGGUACUCCAGGAUCCCCUGGCUUUCCUGGAACUCCGAGUAUUCCAGGAUCUCCUAGCACUCCUGGAAUACCGGGUAGACCAGGAAUACCUGGUAUCCCCGGAAGACCAGGCACAUCAGGAGUUCCAGGAAUUCCAAGUAUAACAAUAAUACCAUCUUACCCAGAAUAUCCUGCAAUACCAGGAUCUUCUGGCUUUCCUGGAACGCCGGGUACUCCAGGAUCUCCCAGCAUUCCCGGAAUACCGGGUACCCCAGGAACACUUGGUAUACCUGGAAGACCAGGCAUACCGGGAAGUCCCGGAACUCCAAGUAUACCAGCAAUACCAUCAUAUCCAGGACAUCCUGCGAUAUCAGGAUCCCCUGGUUUUCCUGGAACACCGGGUACUCCAGGAUCCCCUGGAAUUCCAGGAACACCAGGUAUUCCAGGAUCUCCUGGUACUCUAGGAAAGCCAGGGAUAUCCCAUUACCCAGGCCAUCCAGGAACGCUAGGCACGCCAGGGAUUUCCAACAUUCCCGGAUCAGCUGGUACACCUGGACUUCCAGGAACACUAGGAAAACCUGGGACUUAUCCUGGAUAUCCAGGAAUAUCUGAUUCUUCAGGUUUUCCUGGAGUACCUUCUUAUCCGGGGCAUUUUGGAACACCCGGUAUACCAGGAUCUCCUGGAAUUCCUGGAACACCGGGUACUCCAGGAUUUCCUGGAAUACCAGGAAAACCAGGAACACCAUCUUACCCUAUUCAUAUAGGAACACCGAGUACGUCAGUAAUUCCUGGAUCUUCUAUUUCAAAUUAUCCUGAGAGACCUAGUUAUCCUGGACAUCCUGGAAAACCGAGUUUUGCUGGCCAUCCUCAUAAACCUGGUAUACCAGCGUAUCCAGAAAGCCCACCAAUUUCAGGAUAUCCCCAAAUACCAGAAACUUCAGGAAAACCAUCUUUUUCGAGACCUCCUGCUAUCCCCGGUAAACCCGAAAUUCCAACAAAACCUGGGAUUCCACCAUUCCCACCUCAUUCUAAUUAUCCUAGCACACCAACUAUACCAAGUAGUCCUGAAAUACACGUCAUACCAGGAACAAGUGAAAUACCGUCACAUUUAGAAUAUCCUGGUAUACCUGGUACGCCUGGUAUUCCUGGUAUACCCGGUACUCCUGGUACUCUCGGAAAACCUGGAAUUCCAUCUUAUCCUACAUAUCCAGCAACAGGCCCACCAGAUAUUUCGGCAAUUCCUGGUACUCCUGGUUUCCCAGGAACUCCUAUAUCAACAGGAAAACCAAUUCCAUCUUAUCCUGGAUAUCCAGGAACUCCCGGCACUCCAGGAACGCCAGGAACACCCGGAAUACCUGGAAAACCAGGUACUUCAUCGUAUCCCGGAUUUCCAUCGAACAAACCAGGCAUUCAUUCAAAACCUGGCAAACCAGGUUAUCCAGGUUACCCAUCUUAUCCUGGUUAUCCGUUAUACCCUUCAGGUCCAGAAGGACCAGUGGGUCCCGAAGGUCCUAUUGGUGGCAUUGGUGGAAUAGGAGAUAUCGGUGGUGUAGGUGGAGUCGGGCCUGACGGUCCCGAUGGACCAUGGCCAACUGGUUCACCUGGUCCCGAUGGACCAUGGCCUGGUGAUCCAGAUUAUGUGCCUGGAGUAAAACCAACAAGGAAACCUUCGCACAGAGGACCAUUCAAAAGUCAACGACCCAAAACUUACCCUCUUGAUAUAAACAAUAAUGAUUAUAUAACGCAAUACUACUCUGGAAACAUAUCUGAUUUUGCAUACACAGACUAUAAUAUAAAGAAUAUUGAAUCGACAGAUUUGUCGCAUUCGACGAAAAUAAGUACACCAUAUACGAAUCAAAGAGAGCACAAAUACGGGACCAAGUCGCCGUUAAUUUAUGGGAAGAAAGGAACUACUUACAACUCAGGUGAGAUCAACUCUCUGUUGCAAAUAGGACCAACAGCACCAUCAUUGAAAUACAUUAUCGAUGAUAAAAAAAUAGACACGUUUAAGACUGCACAACCUUAUGAUCAUGCGACCUCAGAACCAGUAACAAAACUGCCUAAAACAAGCACUGAGAAAUUUUCUGUGCACGAUCAGGGCGAAUAUCAGAAGUCGAUAUUUUACCCAACAUACAAUUUGCAAGAACAUCCUUCAAGAAGACCAUAUCGACCAAUUAAAUUAGGCCGACAAGAGAGCACGUUUAACAUACCUGAACAGUACAAUAAUUCUGCAAAUGUGGAUAGCAAAGCAAUUUCUAACGUACCGUUUCAGCCGGAUGGACAUAUCAGUGUUCUGGAGAAACAGGUAAAUUCACGACUUGAACAACCACUCCAGGCGAAUCCCGGCUUCGACGCCAUUGGGGUUCAGCCGCCCAGCUCCAUCAACGUCAAGCCCUUUUCACUACCUAUAGGCCCAGAUCCACAAGCAUGUCCUUGUUACCUAGUCGAGUCAAAUAACAGCACAAACGUAGCAACCAGUACGACUCCUACCUCUGUCAUUGGUCAGUUCGGAUUCAUUCCUGUUAUCUUUGUACCCUACUGUCCCGGCGAUGAGACGGACAGCAGUAAGAUGAAGGUCAUGUUCCCAUCCGCAACACCUGUCCCAUAUGCAUGCGAAGCAUGCGGCACACAAGACAGCAAUUUCGGGAUACAGGUGCUCGACGUAAAUCAGCUUGGCAAUGUUGAUUAUCUCAAGGAGGUGUUAAGUCAGGCCAAUCUUGGGUUUUUAAAUGUUCCAGUCGAAACGGGCGCCGAACGAAGGAGGAGCAGAAGCAGAAAAACGGAAUAAGGAGUAUAACUAACUUAUUGCUGUUAAAUUGCAAUCGUUCUGGGAAGGGAAGUUCGUCCUCUCCCAAGGGAUAUCGAUAAAUAUGGGAUAUUGGCUUUGCCCGUCCGUCAGCUGCUGGUUAGCCGAUGGAUGGCCAAUUAGUGACAUUUAUAAUACUUGGCCGAAUAACCAAAGUCAGUGGAAUACAAGAAGAAUUCAGAGCAAAAGUACAUUUCAAAAUUUGUGCAUAAGGUUCAGUUUAAAUGACAUCUAAAAUGAACCUUACAAAUUAUUAAUUAAUUUGAACGACAUUUUUGUUCUGAGCUCUCAAUAUUUCUCUAUUGCUUCACUUUCUUUUCCUCUCUGUUUCUUCUUUUCUUUUAUUAUACUAUUUUGUAUAUUAUUUACAAAUACUGGUACACGUUAUGUGUAUGAAAGCAACAGAGAUUAUAAGAUUGUAUUUGAACACUGAUUGUGGUUAUUUGUAUCAGGUUUAGGUUGACGUGAAGCUAUAUUGAAAUCUUUCAUGAAUAAGGAAUGAUUUCCUAUCUCUCUGUUUCGUCUCGAUUUUUGUCAACCAAUAUCCUAAUAUUUAUUAUUAGAAUUUAUGUUAAUGAUACCAAAUUUUUACAUGCAUAACAAAAAAAUGUUUAUCUUUCUUCUACGUUGAAUAUUGCAAAUGAAUAUUAAUUUCUGCUCGAUUUUUAAUUCUUUAAUAAUACAAAAACAUGUAUUUGUUAUAUACUUAUUGAAAAUCUGAAUUACGUAUUGCAUACAACAAUUAUUAAGAAGAAAGAGAGGGGAGGAGAGAGAAAAGUAAUUCAUAUAUUUAACAUAUGUAGUUCUAAAAUUUAGUUUAGCUUGUAAUAUUCAUAAAUUCCUGGGUUUGUACAUCAUUCAAAGUUAUCGUAGAUUUUACGUAAAAUAUAUAGGAUGUUAUAAGUAUAUAGAUAAUAAUUUAUAUUUUGUAAUUAAUAUGUUAUUAUAUGUUUGUACAUGAUAUCCUAAUAGCUGACAUCUCAGAAUCAUCAUGAACAUAUCUGAAAUGAAGAAUAUAUGUCUCAAAACGUUUUGAGAACUUACAGAAUGAUUUAGGGAUGUUUUGCGCUACGUGGAUAUAGUUUAUUCUUAUAUGUAUGUAUCCUGUAGUUUUAAAUAAAUAUUGUAGAAUUCGUUUACAGUAUAAUAUAAGAAAAUGUAUGCGCUAAUUGUAUUGCCAAUUAAAAACAACACACAAAUAAAAUCACUGUUAAAUAAAUUUUUUUUUAAAUUUA